AACCGCCUACCCUGUUGGAAUUAUUUCAUUGGUUAAUGUUUCCGAGCUCCUUCCGCGAAGUUUCUUCUUCAUAGCCCAUUGCUUCAAUUUCUAAGUGCUUUCCAACAUCCUACCCUGUUGGAAUUAUUUCAUUGGUUAAUGUUUCCGAGCUCCUUCCGCGAAGUUUCUUCUUCAUUUCCAUGUCCUUCCGCGAAGUUUCUUCUUCAUUUUCCAUGUCGCCAAUGUUGACUUUACAGUGAAGUAGUAUUAAUAAAAAAAGAACAUAAGCCUGUGUGCUUCACACCUGUGCUUUGCCUUAUUGAGAGUUUAAGCAGAAAGAGUUUAAGAUUGCAGGAUUUUCUCGUGUCCGCCAUUUGUUUUGAGCUUUCCAGAAUUCGAUUGAAGGAAGUCACAUGGCUGCGCUUGACAAAAUGGUUAAAAAUGUUUUCAACUUGCUAGGCCCAGACUUGGAGGAAAACACGAACACUCUUCAAAGAAAAAUAGAAUUGCUGACUAUUCGAAAAGAUGACGUGCAUAUGGAAUUACAAUACGAAGCAUAUUCUGAUGGAAAAAAACGCAAGAGAGAGGUUGAAGAGUGGUUGAUUAAUGUUGAAGACAUAAUAACAGAAUUUGAAACCUUGAAAGAACAAGUACAAUGCUGCAAAGUUUAUACACGACAAAAGUUGACUGAACAGGUUGAAAUAAUGACCAACGAAGUGACUGAGCUUCUUGAGCAAAGUUAUUUUCCUAAAGGGCUUUUUCAUGAGGGUACUCCAUCAACAUUUAUUCGUGCACUGUUGGAGUUUUUCACGGAUGAAGAAAUCUCAAUAAUUGGCCUUUGGUUGGGUCGGAGAGUAGGCAAAACAACUUUAUCAAAUAAGCUCUCCAAUGAAUCCACAUUCUCGGAUCAUGUUUAUCAUGUCAGAGUCUCUCAAGGGAGUAGCAUUUACAAAUUGCAGAGUGACAUUGCGCAAGGUUUGAAACUAGAUUUCUCAUGUGAGAAUGACGAGAAGAGAAGGGCAAAUAUACUCUGCGAGGCAUUCAAAAGAAUGGGGAGAUCUGUGCUUAUAUUGGAUGGUGUCAGGAAGCAAAUCGACGUAGAGAAGAUUGGCAUUCCUGUAGGAAUGAAUGGAUGCAAGUUGAUCAUAACAAGCCGAUCGAAAAAUGUUUGCCAUCAGAUGGCUUGCCAGAGAAUUAUAAAAGUGAAUUCAGUUUCUGAGCAAGACGAUUGGGAACCAUUCUUGAAGAAAUUUGGCAGUGUUAAACCUCAAACAUAAACUAGAUUAAUGCUUCUUUUUUUUUUCUUUUGACUUUUUUAGUCUAGAAUCUAGAUCCAUCUAAAUGUACAUAAUUGUAUCGUUAGCCCUUGUUUGAAAUUUUUUAGCCCGAUUUUGAUCCGUCCAUGUGUGGUUUAUUGGAGAAUGUGUAGUUCAAAAUGAAUUUU